AUGGCAAUGGAAUCCACAAAGUUGACCAUUGAUGCUGAGGGCGAUGCAGACAGUGCCAGCGGGCCAACGACACCCUUGGGCCCUAGCAGCCCUAGGCCGCGCAAGCGCACUGGAAGCAGAGGCUCCCAAUUGGUCGCCCGGCGUGGCACCCGUGCCCUUGCAAAGACUUCCGGAGAUGACCAGUCCGACACUUCUCGGGAUCGAGGCAGCAGCUCCCUGGGCCGCGCCUGCAUGCGUUUUCGGACAGCUGUGCAGGAGUAUGUCUUGUAUCACUUCUGCCUGCCCCUGACCGGGCUGGUGGCAGUGGGUAGCGCCUUUACAGUCCUACCCUGGCUCGCAAUUUGCGACCUCCUGGUUGGGCUUCUUCUUCUGCACUCGCAAUUUUUUCAGGUUUGUUUCAGAUACUGCCUGCCACGCGUGAAAUGGGCGGAGGUCGACACUUUCUUGGUCCUGGCUGCACUGUUGCUGAGUGUUUUGACACUCAUAGUUCGUAUCGCUGAAACUGCCGGCCAAGUGUGGGUCUUCGAUGUGCUCUACGUUGUCAUCACGGUGGCGGCAGUCGUUUGCUUGAUUUUGAGGAAAGCGGAGGUGCGCGUCAUGGACCUGCAGCAGGUGCCCACGAUGCCCGUGCUCUUCUUUGCGGGUGCUGCAGCAACGUUUUGCUCACCGUCAGUUUCAUCUUUGCCGUAUGCUGUCAUUUUUCUCAUCCUUCUAGACUCCCUGAUGUUCAAGUCAUGGAGGAGAUCUUUGUCGCUAUCGGUGCGCGUGUGCUUGGUGGUGCUCACCAGCACGCACCUGGUUUGCCUGAUGACCUUGAACUUCCUGAGCUGGGGCGGCGCAACCGUCCCCGUCCAGAUGCAAGGAGUCUUUGGGGAAGUCGGCCGCACAGUGAUGCAGUUCCCGCAGUCGAUUACCACUUGCGUGAAGGACCCGCCACCGGAGCUGUGGUGCCCGAACCGGGAGGAGAGCCUUUGGCCAGGGCUGCACCUGGGAGCGGUUAUGCUGCUUCACUUCGUUCUAACCAACGUGUCUGAAGGCAACCUGCCCUCCCUCCGUGCAAACUUCUCUUCGUCCUCUAGCUCACGGAUGGGGAAGACGCUGUCGGACACGAACUCCAUGGCCAGCCACGACAUGUCGAACUCGGGGAUUUGGACGCUCAGACUGCUCCGCUGCACCUUCAUGUUGUCGCUGCUGGCCUUCGCACUCGCCUUCCCAUCGAUCCUCACCAUGCCGCUGCUGGCUGUGUACAUCGGCAACACCUUCAUGUCCGCGCGCCUCGCGGAGUCAUCGUACAGCAAUGCGCAGGGCAUGCUGAGCCGCUUCGCACGAACGUGCCGCCGCUGCUGUGGACGGGAUGGGAAGGAGCCAAGGUGUGGCAUGCGGACCUGCUGGACCCGUUACGUCAUGCUGCUGUUCUUCCUCGUCUACAUCUACAACGUUUUGGAGGUUUACUUCCACUUUGUGUGGCCAGAGGCGGCAGAGGUGAUCUCUCCGCACGUGAAAGACCCGCUGGGCCUUCUGCAAGUCCAGGAGACCUCGGUGGCGCCCAAGUUUGGCUUCGUGGCCUUUCGGCUGCGUGGGCCCAGUGCGGCGGCGGCAGCGUUCUUGCCACAGGCGCUUCUUCUUCUGGCCAUGGCGAUGCUGCAGGCUGCAAUGCUCAUUGACUGGGCUCGGUAUGAGGAAACACGAACGAUGAUCGAAAGGUCCUGCCAGAGCACAUGGGUGUACUUGUGCCGCUGUGCGCCUGCAGAGCUCGCGAUGCUUGUAGUGAUGAUCGCCAUAAUGGUGGGCAUCCGAUUUGGCGGCGGCUAUACCCCGGUCAUGGUGGGUGGCUACGCGCUGGUCUGGGGGAAGCUUGUGUGCGGCCAACUCGAGGUAGGCCAGCCCAGAACGUGGUGCCUCCUCCAGGUCAUGGGCCAUUUGAACCUGGUGAUCAUGACGCUUCUCUACGUGGUGGUCGGGGCUGAAGCCUCUUCGACCUCCUUCAUUGACCAGGCGUUUCCUUCCUUGAAGCACCAGGUCUCCUAUUUUGCGGUGGUCUGCCCGCACCUGGCCCUGGCCGGCACCGCUUGGCUGGAGCGGAUACGCAUCGCACAGGUCUCGUCAAACGAGUUCACGGAGAGGGCGCGUGCGGAUACACAGGACAGCGUGGACACGAGUAGCUCCAUCGGCACGUUCAGACUUACCCCCGCCAGGCCCAGGAGCCUUUGCCUGCGGGCCGUUCUGCGGUUCAAGGACGCGGUUGUGGACAAGCUGAGGAAGUGGACUGACGAGCUGAUUUGCAUAUUCGUCCUGGUCUUGGCCUUUGCAGCCGCCUUGAUCCCGGCCACCGACAUCCACUCCUUGCUGCUGCUCUUUGGCACAGGACCUGCGCUGUUGCUCUACAACACCCGGGGCACCAACCGAUCUCGGAAGCUGGACUGCGGCUAUUUCUUGCUGCGCUUCUCCACUGCGCUGAUGUUUGUCUUCCGGGUGGUGUCCGCAUGCGCUUUGAUCCCCUGGCCGGAAGAUGACGACUGGCCCAUCUCCCUGCAAGAGCUGGGCGUGGUCCGGCCGCUCAAGGAGCCUCCCAUGAAGGUGGCACUCUUGGGAGUGAUUCCCAUCUUCAGUCGACUGGCGAUCAUCGCCAUUAUGCGGGUCCAGCGGGAGGAGGCAGAGAGACGGGAAGAGCUUUCUGUCGUGGAGGAGGCGAUCAAAGAGGAGUCAGAGGAAGCAGAAGACGACAAGAAGGAGGAGUUUCAGACAGCAGAGGUGCAGAAGACUCGGAGCGACGGAUCUUUGCCGAUUUCGGAAAUGGAAGCCAACAUUCCGCCAGAGCACAAAUCGUUCGACUCGCAACCACUUUGCGAGGAGAUCAAGCUCAACAUCGAGGACCCGAAGCUGGAAGAGCAGCACGAAGAGCAGCAACGGCACGAGAAGUCGCACGGCAGCCGCUCGGUGCGCUUUGCUCCGAAGGGCAGCUCGCAAACCUACGAGGUGCCGAGCUUGGAGCCAGUCAAGCGGCGCCGGCACAAGAGGACCCAACUCCCGGGCCCUCGUAUGGAGGAGCGCUUCCUGACGUAUGUCGUCCCCUCGUGGAUGGAAUUCAUGCCGCUUCAAGCCCACGUCUACCUUUCCGCGCUGCUCCUGGUCUUGGUCUUCGGCUUGAGCAUCCACCAGGUGAACCUGUUGAGCUUCCUCAUGAUGCUCUCCGUGAUUUGCCUCUGCGGAUGGAGCCACCGAUGGGUCCAGGCGGGCAACGUCUUCAGCUUCGCCACGCUGACCAUCCUUUGGCUCCAGUACCUGGCGCGCUUUCGCUUCUUCGCCAACAUAAGCAGUGACUCCGUCUGGCUCCGCGGCCUCGGCCUGGAGUGGACCUCCAGCGAGGUGGAGAAGCACUGUGUUAUCCUGGCGGUGUGCAUCCUGCAGAAACAGUAUUGGUACCGGGGCCGCUUCUCCAAGGCACGGCCGGUGGUGUGCCCAAGCUUCCUGGCAGACCAUGCAGAUGUUGCUGGCUUCUUCGGCCUCAUUGCGGUUGCGGUGAUUCGGAGGCACGCACUGUCCUCACUGCUGGUGCUGGGCGGCUUGCCCUGGGUCAUCCGGGAGGAGCUGCCCUGGAAGGAGUCCAAGCAGCGCAAGGCGAACACCAGGAGGCGGAUGGUUCCGGCUAGUGCUCUUCAUCAUCCUCAUUCUUGA